ACAGCGCAAGUGGGAGUGAUGCAGUCGAGGGGGCCAGACCAGCGGAAGGGACGGCGGGGAGGGGAGCAGGCGCAAAGAGCAGCCUUGCUUGGCGGACGCACCGAGGGAGGAGCGUGGGAGACUGGGAGCCAUGUUUCUCCCUGCUUCGUCUUCCUCUUCCGGUUCCAAAGGUGACUCCUUCAGGAAAACGGUUGGUGAUCAUAUGAGGUCAAAUUUGACUUUUGAUAAUAAGCAUUCUCUCUUUGUGGGUCAAAACAUUGACUAUGGCCAACCAAUAGCUUGCAUUUCAUAUCCAUACAAUGAUUCUGGCUCAGGAGGACUUUGGGCAGCUUAUGGGUCACGCACCAGCGCUGUGUUCCAUCCCCAAAUUGCUGGAGGGGCGACAUCGGUGAGAGUUCCAUUGCCUCUAGAAUUAGCAGAGGAUGAGCCCAUAUAUGUCAACCCCAAGCAAUAUCGUGGGAUUCUUCGCAGAAGACAGCUGCGUGCCAAGUUAGAGGCUCAGAACAAGCUAGUAAAAAACCGAAAGCCUUACCUUCAUGAGUCUCGCCAUCUUCAUGCAAUGAAGAGGGCAAGAGGUUCUGGUGGGCGUUUCCUCAAUACUAAGCAGCAGCAGUCUCGCACUAUCUCUGCCAUGUCCACCAUAGAUGGCACAAGUUCCUCAAGUUCAACUCAUCUACGGCUUGGUGGUGGCGCAGCUGGUGAUCGGACCUUGUCUGUGACCAAAACAAUGGCCUCACAGGAGCACAGUAAAAAGGCCGUUUCUCCUGCCUCAGCCUUCACUGUGACUCCCAUGGUGAGCAAAGAUGACACCUUCCAGCACCCCGGCCACCUUCUCAGCUUCUCCGGCCAUUUUGGUCAGGCAAGUGCGCAAGCCGGCGUCGGAGGCAUGCAUAACGGAAUCCAGCAUAGGGUUCCCGUUAUGCAUGACUGUUUCUGAACCUUAGCUGGUGAUCCAGGCUUCUAGGGGUCCUCGUGUCCGGUGUGGUCUCGGUCUCUGGCAAUUCAUCCUUGGCUUAAUUUCUGGUGUGAAAUGUUUCCUACUGUUGUGCUUUGCAGAACCCAAAAAUCAGGGCUUGAUGAUGUCACUGGCUCACUGCUAUCCAUGUACUGGCGUAAUGGUGUGUGUUAGAGUAAACACUCCUUUGCUGUUACA